GAUUGUUCGCCGGAAUAAGGAUCUGUUAAAGGAUCCGGCUUGGUCGCCGAGGACGAAGUACGUCACCGUGUCCGAAGUUGGGGCGAAGAAGUCGAUUACCCGGACCGGGACAAAUUGGGCUUUGUUGCCUGAUGACCAAGGAGGGUAUGAUGUCUUUGACGUCAGCCGUAUCUUGCGGAACGACCCUGGUAUAGACGUCGAAACGUUCUUUGAGAUGACGGAGGUCGGUCGCCAGAUCGUCUCGGAGCGGAUUGUGGAAGCUCUGAAAGCCAAGAGCCAGAAGCCGCUUGGCAAGCUCUUGACUUGGAAGCGUCCAGAGGUAGUCUCUGAGCAUGACGGACAGGAUGGCCGCGAACUGUGGUGUGUCAUUGGGAGCCUUGUCUACGACAUCACCAACUUCCAUUUCCGCUCGGAGGCUGAAUGGGAUGCCCUCAUCGCGGUGGCUACCGGGGAAAAAACCCCAAGCAGAAGCCUUAGACGCCGCCGAUGUCCCCAACCUUCUCAGACGUUUAGCCCUGUACAAAUGCGGCUUUCUCAAGCAGGCAGCCGGUCUCCCGCCAGGGGAUCGACCAUUCACUCUGCGAGAACUGGGAAGAUACAUUUACCCAGAAAUCGGCAUGUACUGUGCCGUUGGUGGCGUGGUUCUCGAUCUCGGGCGCUACCUUGAGUCCCACCCCGGCGGUUCAGAGAUACUCCGUCAAUACGCAGGCCGCGACCCUAGCAUGGAAUUUGAGCAAUUCCACUCUGACUGGCGACUCACGCUGGAAAAGCACGAGCAUCUCAGGGUAGGGUGGAUCGUCCACGACAUGCUCGAUCACAGGCAGAACGACAUCAAGCACGACGAGGUUGUCCUCCUGGACCGGGCCUACGAUAUCUACAAUCUCACCCGCGACGACAGUAAAGAGUUUUCAACGCCCUGCUGCCCUACGCCGGCACCGACGCGACUGAGGCGCUGAAGGACGAGGCCGCACCAGAGGCGCUUCGCCAGCUCUUGGCCAGGGACGACCUUGUUACCGCGAAGCGGACUCGCGGAAUCAGACGGAUCGCAGCGUCUGAGCUGCAAAACCAUCACCAUACAGGGUUCUGCAUCUAUCUACCUAAGUAGAUUUCGAAUCUACUAGUGGAUAGAAAGCAGUGCUUUCAAUCCACUCUAUGCUGACUGUUGCCAAGC